CCAAUGGCUCGAUACUUUUACUGGUUACUUUCGACGAUAAUUAUUAAUUUAUCGUUAAUUAAAAAUUCAGAUAAUUCUGUGGUAAUAAAAAAAUCAGUGGAUGGCUCGCAAAGUUUAAUGGCAAUAGCUAAUUAUUCAAAGCAAGCCAGCCCGAUUAAUUUUAACAAUACUUCUGGAGUUUCAACGACUAAUAAUAAUAUUGUUAAUAACAAUACAACUGAAAAUAAAGAAAGGGCGUGUAAAUGCGGCGGCGGUGUUUGCUCUUGUUGCUCAAAGUUAUUGUACGACAGAUGGAAACAAAAAGCCUGUGUUGAAGUUAUUUACGAACCGGACGAAUUCAGUUUUACGGCAAAAGUAAUGUUCAAUGACCGGGUGCUCUACACGAGGAGCGUAUCCGGCAAAAAUCCGCGGCCUAUUUGUGUUCCGUUUCCUAGAAUUCCUCUGGUGAGGGCUUGCGUUAGGUUUUAUAAUAUUUACUUUCAAGGACGCAAUGUACAUAUGUGCGUCAGCAUGGAGGGAAGGUUCGAUGACACCACGCUCGUUAAGGCUGGACUAGAUUGCAUAAGAAUGGGCGCUAAUGGUGUCGCUAUAGUAAGACCUGAAGACGGUACUGGAUUAGGACAACUGGAAUUUUUACCUGAUUCGCCAGAAGACAAUCAAGGUGAUGAUUAUAGCGACGAUAGUGGAAAUAAUAACAACAAUGCUGACAAUGAUAGUGAUGAUGAUGAUGAAGACGAUGGAGAUGAUGAUGAUGAUGAUGAUGAAGAUGAAUAUCUUUAAGUAAUAUCACUAGGAUAAAUUAAUAUAAAUAAU